AUCCACUACGACCACGAACACGCGGACGUGCAAUGGCAACAGGUGUAAUGCACAGGAACUUACACAACCAGUGCGAUAGUGGCGUCACCUGUUCGCAUUUCUUUAAAUUAUUCAAUUAUGCUGAACAGCAAGCUACAUAGCUUAUCUACAGAAAUCGCAUAGUUUCUGCAUUUGACUAAGAGAUGUCUCAGCCGCAGCUGUCAAGAAAAGAGAUAACGGUCAAAAACAUAACCUAUUUAGAAAGUGGAAAAAAGAUCAAAGAUCAUUUAACGGGGGAACACACGUGUUUCACCCGCUUUAAAAAUAAAUACCGGCUGUUGUUGAAAGAGUAUAAAUCGCGGCAAACGUAACACCGUUCAGUUUAUUCUAACUAACCAUGUCGAAACCAGCAUAUAAAGUUGCCGAUCUAAGCUUGGCUGAAUGGGGUAGAAAAGACAUCACUCUGGCUGAGAACGAAAUGCCGGGUCUCAUGAGUUUGAGAAAGAAGUAUGCUAACAACAAGAUUCUCAAAGGAGCCAAAAUUGCCGGGUGCCUUCACAUGACUGUCCAAACAGCAGUGCUAAUUGAAACACUUAUUGAACUGGGGGCAGAGAUCCAAUGGUCAAGCUGCAACAUCUUUAGUACCCAAGACCAUGCUGCAGCUGCUCUAGCAAAGAAAGGCCUUGCCAUUUAUGCAUGGAAAGGAGAAACAGAUGAAGAGUACCUUUGGUGCAUAGAACAGACACUCAUUUUUUCAGAUGGGAAACCAUUUAACAUGAUCCUCGAUGAUGGGGGGGACCUGACCAAUCUAGUACAUACUAAAUAUCCUCAGUACUUAAAAGAUUGUAGAGGAAUAAGUGAAGAAACAACCACAGGAGUAAAAAACCUCUACAAAAUGUUCAAAGAAGGUAAACUGAAAGUACCAGCCAUAAAUGUCAACGACUCUGUAACAAAAAGUAAAUUUGAUAAUCUGUAUGGGUGCCGAGAAUCUCUCAUUGAUGGAAUUAAAAGAGCAACAGACAUCAUGUUGGCUGGAAAAGUGUGUGUAGUUGCAGGAUAUGGCGAUGUCGGCAAAGGUUGUGCACAGUCACUAAGAGCAUUUGGUGGAAGAGUUAUCGUUACUGAAAUAGACCCAAUAAAUGCUCUACAAGCGGCAAUGGAAGGUUAUGAAGUAACAACGAUAGAUGAUGCUUGCAAAAUUGGCCAGAUAUAUGUGACAACAACAGGAUGUAAAGACAUUAUCUUGGGACAUCACAUGUUGCAGAUGCCAGAAGACGCAAUAAUAUGCAAUAUAGGCCACUUCGACGUCGAGAUCGACGUGGAUUGGCUUGAAAAGAACUGCAAGGAGAAGAUCAACAUCAAACCCCAAGUGGAUAGGUAUCUCUUGGAAACCGGAAGACACGUGAUUGUGCUGGCUGAAGGCCGAUUGGUCAAUCUCGGCUGUGCCACGGGCCAUUCGUCAUUCGUCAUGUCAACCUCAUUCACCAAUCAGGUGCUGGCACAGAUCGAGCUGUGGACGAAGCCCGGGGAUUACCCCAUUGGAGUCUACAUGUUGCCGAAGACGUUGGAUGAGGAAGUAGCGAGGUUGCAUUUGCCUCAUUUGGGAGUUAAACUGACCAAGUUGACUCCCACGCAAGCGUCGUACAUUGGAGUACCGGUUGAAGGACCUUUCAAGCCGGAUUAUUAUAGGUACUAAGUGGAAAAUGUGUCAGAAUAAGUGAUGUUAAAAGCCAAAGUGGAUUCGUACUUCAAAUAAAAAUGCUUUUGUUUUAAUA